AUGGCUGGCCUGCUUCACCUGUUGCUGCUCCUCUGGCUCCUGGCUCCAACUGCUGCUAAGAGGAGGCCAACCACAUGUGUGUUGACUGCCUCUUUACAGGGAAAAUGGGACUAUUACAAUCAUGGUGAUCUCAUUAUUGGUGGAGAUUUGCACCUGCAAACCUUUUUUUCCCUCAGUGUCCUAAACUUUCAAAUAGACCCAUCCCGGCAUUCCUUCCUAACAGCAGUUGAAUCCAAGAAUUACCAGCAGUUCCUGGCCUUGGUGUUUUCAGUGAAAGAGGUCAACGAGGAUUCGAAUCUCCUUCCGAAUAUCACUCUUGGCUUCCACAUCUAUGACAAUUGCCAGAUUGAGAGGAAUAUUUCAUUAAUCAGCUUCUCCCUUCUAUCCACACGAGGUCAAAUGGUUCUGGGUUACAAAUGUGAUAAGCAGGACCCUCUGCUCUCUGUCAUUGGAGGUCACAAUUCCAAAUCUUCAAUCCAGAUGGCCUCCAUCUUCAGCAUUUUCAAGGUCCCACAGUGGAACUGGGUUGGACUUUUGGCCUCUGAAGAUGACAGGGGACAACAUUUCAUUUCAUCCCUGAUGCCAAUGCUCAAGGAGAAAGAGAUCUGCCUGGCCUUCAUGGAAAUCUUUAAAUUUCAUGAUUUGGUUACUAGAGCAUUCACAUCACCUUUUUCUUUCAAUGCUUGGUUUAAAGCAGAAGUGGUUAUUCUGUUUGGAGAAUCCAGUAGUAACGCCUAUGUACAGUUGGCUGCAUCUAUUCACCAGCACUCAGGAAUAACAACAUUUAAGAAUGUUUGGAUCUUAAUUUCCCAUUCAAAACUUACUGUAAAGGGAUAUCGAGACUUACUGAAAGUAAUGAAACCCUUCCAUGGAGCUUUGCAUUUUAGGGACCACACCAGGGAUUUAUCAGAAUUCAGCCAAUUCCUCCUAUCUUUGGACCCUUUGAAUCCACAAGGGGACUUCUUUCUCCCACUAUGGUGGGAGUCGGUCUUUGAGUGCAAGAUCCCAAGAUCAAACCAGAUCCCUCAAAGGGGGAAACAUCCAUGUACAGGAAAAGAGAAUUUUCAGCAAAUACCACCUUUAAUGUUUGAAAGAAGCAUGACAGGUGAAAGUUACAAUAUCUACAAUGCCAUUUAUGCGGUGGCACAUGCAUUACAUGCAAUAUAUGGAUCCAGAGUGAGACAAGCCAUGAUGAGGCUUGGUAAGAAGAUCUUAAAUGUUCAAUCAUGGCAGAUUCUUCCCUAUUUGAGGAAUGUCCAGUUCAACAACAGUGUUGGAGAAACUAUCUCCUUCUCAGAAGAUGGACUGGACUCUGCUCAUUAUGAUCUUCUCAACUGGUUUUGGUUCCCCAAUCAAUCUUUUGUCUUUGUCAAAGUUGGGCAUAUAGAUCCUGGGGCUCCUCCUGGCCAGGAUUUCACCAUUAAUUCAGAUGCAAUUGUGUGGCCUAUAAAGCAUCUGCCAACAGGUAGCAUACACAAAUACAAAACAGCAGGCUUUCGAGCUAAAGAUCUGUCAAUCUUGAGGAAGUUCCAGUACAAACUGAAAAAUUCAGCUAUCAAUCUUUCUCACACUGAGAGGCACAAUGCAGCCCACUGUGACCUCUGCCCAGAAGACCAAUAUCCCAACAAGGACAAGAACAACUGCAUUGCCAAGAAGAUCUACUUCCUUACUUAUGAAGAGACCCUGGGAUACAUUUUGGCUUUUCUAGCUCUUUUUCUUUCUCUAAUUACAUCUGCAAUCCUGGUGAUUUUCCGCAAACAUCAUGACACACCAAUUGUCAAGGCCAACAACCGAGAUCUCACCUACAUCCUCCUGCUCUCCCUCCUGCUCUGCUUCCUCUGCUCCUUCCUCUUCAUUGGUCAACCCAGGAAGCUCACCUGUCUCUUCCGACAAUCUGCCUUUGCCAUUCUCUUUUCCCUUGCAGUUUCCUCUGUGUUGGCAAAGACUGUCAUGGUGGUUCUGGCCUUUAUGGCCACCAGGCCAGGGAACAAGACAAGGAAACUCUUAGGAAAACCACUUAGUAAUGCCAUUGUCUUAGCCUGUCCCCUGAUACAAGCAGUUCUUUGUUCUAUUUGGCUGGCAACCUCUCCUCCAUUUCCCAAUGUGGACUUCCACUCCUUGGUAGGAGAGGCCAUCUUGGAAUGCAAUGAAGGCUCAGCUUCCAUGUUUUACACUGUCCUCACCUACUUGGGUUUCUUGGCCCUCAUCAGUUUCACAGUGGCCUUUCUGGCUAGGAAAUUACCCGACAGUUUUAACGAAGCCAAGUUCAUUACUUUCAGCAUGCUGGUCUUUUGCAGUGUUUGGAUCUCCUUCCUCCCUACCUACCUGAGCACCAAAGGGAAGUCCAUGGUGGCAGUGGAGAUCUUCUCCAUUUUGGCUUCUGCAGCUGCUCUCUUGGCUUGUAUCUUUUUCCCCAAAUGCUACAUUAUCCUACUGAGGCCCAAUCUGAAUUGUAGAGAGCAUCUAAUGAGGCACAAAAAUCUUUGA